AUGAGCUGGGUUGAUCCCUGGCUCGAAUGCGCACAGCACAUCGCGAACGGGGUCAGAGAUCGAAUUGAGCACUAUAACCUCAACCGGAACGUCUACCUCAAGGAGCACCCGACCGCUGUGCGCCCCCUCUUACCAGAAAUACAGUCGUUUAUUCGAUUCAACCAUAUCGAGGUAGUGCAAGAACUCGCUCGCUUGUUGGCGCUUGGGCUCGAACUGCCAGAGGAUGCCCUAGUUCAGAAACUCAGCUACGAAGACAAAAACAAUGCAUAUUGCCGUUUUAUGAUGUAUCACCCACGACCUGAAGAGGAGGAAGUGAAGACGGAUCAGGUCUGGCUCAAGGGCCACCCAGAUCAAACUCUCAUGUCCGUCCUCUGGAGUCAGCCAGUCUCUGCUCUUCAGAUCCGCGACAGCGACGGAAAAUGGCGCUGGGUUAAGCACGUUGAAAAUGCCCUUGUUGUGAAUUGUGGCGACAGCCUUGACAUGCUCUCCGGCGCAUACUACAAGUCAGCGAUCCACCGCGUCAUCCGGCCACCGGAAGACCAGCGAGGCCACAACCGACUCGGCGUUUUCUACUUCUGCUACGCGGACGACGACGUCCAGUUAGAACCUCUUAUAGACAGCCCUGUCCUCCAGCGCGUCGGGAUCACACGGCGCGUCCCAGAAGGCAAGGCGCCCUUCAUGGAGGCGUGGAGGAAGGCGCGAACUGCCGCCUAUGGUACCUCGGAUCUGAAGAAAGGUCUAGAAGACGUUGAGGAGGAGAUUCUGGAAGGAAUUCGUGUAAAGCACUACAACUGA